AUCCUACUACUGCGUACUGUAAUAUUUCGCCGGUAAUACGGUAUGCAACUUUUGGUUUAGUACCACAUGUUUUGACAUAUUUAAUAAAUAUCAAAUACUAUUUUAGCAUGUUUUUUUAGGAGAAGCUCAACCAUUUGACAUAACCAAUGACGUCGCGAGGUUCAGACUUCCUUCACUAGUUAGCUUUUUGACUUUUAAGAAAAGAAUGCGGCCAACUCCUUCUUUUGCCACUUGUUGCAAUUCUUCACGUCGGUGUCGGCGUUCCCCUUUGACCUCCUCAGGCGACCAGUCCAAACAACGGGAGCCUCUCGCUCGCACCUGACCCAUUCGCACCGUGACGUUCCUGAUGUGUGCGUGGCAGUGACGUCACAUGGGAGGAGUCACAUGCGACUCGACGGUGCGCUCGCUCGGGUUCUUUGCAGAGCGCGUGCCAUCACCUCGGAGCACCUGACGUGACUUUAAACGGACCGCAGAGGCGAUGUUGUGACGUGGUAAAUGCAUGUUCAUAUCAUAUAUGCAAUUAAAUAUAAAUAAAUACAGAUAUAUAUCUGCGAGGACCCGCUGAGCUGCUAACAGGUGUGGGGGGCGCGCGCCGUGGAGAGAGAGAAUAUGUCCAAUGGGAAAGACGCAAAUGCUGCAGAAAACAGUGUUUUGUGCUGCAGCUCGUCGCAGAUGACUCUGAAAGAGUGCUUGGAUGAGUGCAUGGAGGCCCUGGACCUCUUCCUUAACAACCACUUCAAGGAGAGCCUGGACAUGCUGCGGCCGAGAGUGAAGGAGAGCAUGUACCACGCUCUCAUUUACGCCACCGUGCUGGAAAUGCAGGCCAUGAUGACCUUCCAGCCGGACGACAUCAGCAACGCGGGACAGACCAUGAAGAGCGCCCAGGAGGUCUGCCACAAGUUCCGACGGAAGUCCUCGGGUUUGUUGAGCAAGUCCGGUGGGGAUUCGCUCACUGAAGUGCAGCUUCACGCUGAAGUGUGUUACGCAGAGUGCCAACUCCAAAGGGCUGCUCUCACCUUCCUACAGGACGAGAACAUGGUGAGCUUCAUUAAAGGAGGGAUCAAAGUACGGAACAGUUACCUAAUUUACAAAGAGCUGCAUUCCUUAAUUAAUUCCCCCGGCUCCCCCAAAGGAGCCAGCCACGUCCACCUGGAGGGAGGAAUCUCCUUUGGAAUCGGGGCCUUUAACCUGACCCUCUCUCUGUUUCCUCCACGGAUACUCAAAGUUCUCGAGUUUGCGGGCUUCUCCGGAGACAAGGAUUACGGUCUGUCUCUGCUGGGCGACGGUGCCACGGGGAUGAAUCUGCGCUCCAUGCUGUGCGCCCUGCUGCUGCUCUGCUACUACACCUUCCUCACCUUCAUACUCGGCACCGGCGAGGGGGAGGUGACCGAAGCCGAGAGGCUGCUGAGACCUUUCCGUCUCCGCUACCCGCGGGGGGCAAUAUUCCUCUUUUUUGCAGGCAGGACUGAGGAGAUCAAGGGGAACAUUGAUGAGGCCGUGGCCCUGUUCGAGGACGGCUGCAAGGCCCAGCAGGCGUGGAAGCAGUUCCACCACAUGUGCUACUGGGAGCUGAUGUGGUGCUUCACCUACAAGCGGCUGUGGAAGAUGGCGUACUUCUACGCCGACCUCCUGAGUAAGGAGAGCCUCUGGUCCAAGGCCAUGUAUGUUUACAUGAAAGCUGCUUACCUCAGCAUGCUGCAGGAAGACGAGGCCAGGCCUUUUGGGGAGGACGAGGUUGAGCUGUUCAGACAGGUGCCCACUUUCAAGCAGAAGAUAGCGGGGAAGUCCCCCCCGACCGAGAAGUUCGCCAUCCGCAAAGCGCGGCGGUACAAGGCCCGCUGCCCGAUCCGGCUGCCGGUGCCCGUGCUGGAGAUGAUGUACAUGUGGAACGGCUUCAGUAUGAUCAGCAAACGCCCGGAGCUCACUGAAGGCAUGAUGCAGACUUUGGUGGAGGCGGAGCGCACCCUGCUGGAGGCCCCCGGCAACGAGCACUCGGUGGACGACCGCUGCGUGAUCCACCUGCUGAAGGGCCUGUGCCUGAAGAACCAGGGCCUCCUCCAGGCCGCCGAGGAGAGCUUCGGCAAAGUGUUGUCCAGUGAAAAGAAGAUCCGGUUCGACCACUACCUGGUGCCCAACUGCCUGGUGGAGCUCGCCCUGCUCUACAUCGACCAGGGCCGGAGGGACGAGGCCAUCCAGCUGCUGCACAAGGCCAAACAUAACUACAAAGAAUACUCGAUGGAGUCACGCACACAGUUCAGGGUCCACGCCACUCUGGCCAAACUCAAGGCCGACCCGGAGGAGGAGGAGGACACUCGCAUGUAGGAGGAGGGCUCGUCACAAUUAUUGCUGUAGUAGUUUUUAUCCAUGUUCAACAAGUGCAUGCUGGGUAUUUUCUCAGUGUUCAGGUUUACCUUUUUGGCUCUACACUAAGAAAGGCAUAAAACAGCAAACUGUAUUUACAAUAGUUAUGUUGUAUUGGAAAUCAAAGAACACGCAAUGUUAACCACUAUAUACAUGCGAUGAUUUAAUCAAAUGCACAAUGGCUUAAUUAAGAGCUGUGUUUACAUAAUGAAGUAACGUCAGCAUGCUGUGCUAGUUGGAAUGACAGCGAUUUUAAGAUGAAUACUAUUUCAACUGCGAAACCAAUUAAUUUAACUGGCUGAUGAUGACUAGGAUUCAGUCCCCUGCCAGUAUUCUAUGCACACAUCUGUUGGUCCUGUGUAAAGUUCUUUGGGCGUGUGACGGUGCAAGAGCUUUCCAAACUCUUUCCAAUGUCUCCAAAACAUGUUUGCAUGAAUAAAUUCUUAAUGUACCAUU